AUGGGCAGCGAAUUAUUGAGUUCUGUUAAGCAGAGAUUGCAAGGUCUAGGCUGGCUGCGCGGCAGCGCCCAACAGCAGCUGCCGGCAUCCAGCCUACAGCAGCAGCAGCAGCAGCAGCAACAGCAGCAGGAGCAACAACAACGGUGCUGCAGCGCAGGCACUGCCAGAGCAGCGGCAGGUCUAUUUUUGACAGUUUCAAGCAUAAGGGCCCCCCUCCCGCCUCUAUGGGGCCCCAUGUGCCUCGGGAGCCCUUCUAAGGGUAUUAUAAGCAAGGUUCCUCUCAUGUUUUGGUUGCUUUGUUCGUCCCAUCGGGCGUCGCAGUGCAGCAGCAUUAGUAGAGCCGUAGUCAGCAGCAGCAGCAGCAGCAGCAGCAGCAGCAGCAGCAGCAGCAGCAGCAGCAGCAGCAGCAGCGUUGAGGCAUCGGAGUGCAACAGGCCGGUCCCAUAG